GUCGCAUCAAGAACGUUUAGCAGCAGCAGUGUCCAGUUUCGUUCGAUUCGCACCUGAAUUUCUUCUUAAAAAUCCGAUUAUUCCGGAUUCCAUUCCUCUGUAAUCAUGUUGGAAAUUACGUGUAACGACCGGCUUGGCAAGAAGGUCCGAGUGAAAUGCAAUCCGGACGACACCAUCGGAGAUCUGAAGAAGCUCAUUGCCGCACAAACGGGAACCCGGUACGAUAAGAUUGUGCUGAAAAAGUGGUACACCAUUUUCAAGGAUAAUAUCAAACUGUCGGAUUACGAAAUCCACGAUGGAAUGAACUUGGAACUGUACUACCAGUGAUGGGAUGGAACAAAAUGCAAAUUUUCUUUACAUUUUAAGUUAAUCAUUAAUUCUGGGGUUGACUUUUGUCUGCUUAAUUGACAUUUGUGUUCUGAUAAAGAAUGUAAAUAAAUAAAUCAUAAAAAGGAUGGGAAACGAACAAUA